AUGAAUAAAAUAUCAGUUGUUUUGUUAGCUCUAGCUUUGACUUCUUAAAUUCAAUGCUAAGCUGAAGAGGUAAAACCAGCAUCUAUCUCAUAUUUUGAUACUUAUAAUAAAUGGAGGAGCAAUAACAGAAGAGUCUUUUUAAACAAAGAAGAGGAAACUUAUAGAUAACUUGUUUUCUUUGAGAAUCUUAACUAAAUCAAUGCUCACUAAAAAAACAAUGAGGCUACUUACACUGUUUCUUUAAAUUAAUUUUCUGACUAUUCUGAUGAAGAGUUCUAAUAAAUAAUCUUGAACAAGCGUAUUUAAAUGUCUUAACCUGAAAUUUAGGAAGAGUAAUAACCAAAGGGAAAUCUAAGAAAGACUGUCAGUUACCCUGAUUCAGUAGAUUGGAGAAAUACUGGUGCUUUAAGUCCUGUUUAGAAUCAAGGUUGGUGUGGUUCUUGUGCGGCUUUUGGUACAGCUGGAGUACUUGAGUCCUUUCACUAUAUUAGGUAUAAUUACUUAGUUAAAUUUUCUGAACAAUAACUUCUUGACUGUGCUAGAUAAGCAGGUUUUGAUGCUUAUGGUUGUGAUGGUACAUGGCAGUAAGAAUAUUUUAAGUAUGCUAUUAAGCAUGGUAUAGUUUCAGCAAAUUCUUAUCCUUAUGUAGGAUAUUAAACGGCCUGUAAAAAUACUUCUGACUUACCUAAGUAUUUCCCACAGUCUUUCAGGUUUAUUAACCGUAAUUCAGAUGAUAUUAAAGAUGCUAUUUCUAAAGGACCUAUUUCUGUAACUAUUGACGCAUCUAAUUGGAAAUAUUAUAGAGGUGGUAUUUUCAACGGAUGCUCUAGAUAUCGAUAACUUAAUCAUGCUGUUAUUGCCGUUGGUUAUGAUGUCCAAGGUAACUAUAUUAUCAAAAAUUCUUGGGGCCCAUACUGGGGUGAUGAAGGUUACAUAACAAUUUCAGCAUAAAAUGAUUGUGGAAUCUUAUUAAGCGCCAUUUAAGUUUUAUCUUGA